GGAGAAAAAAAAAAAUCCCAGAGUUUUCAGUAACCCAGGAAAAUGUUCAGCCGGCUUGUUUGUGUCAGCGAUUAUGAACAACACGCUAAAUCCGUACUUCAGAAGUCUAUAUACGACUAUUAUAAAUCUGGGGCUAAUGACCAGGAAACCUUGGCUGAUAAUAUUGCAGCAUUUUCCAGGUGGAAGCUGUAUCCACGGAUGCUGCGGAAUGUUGCUGAAAUAGACCUGUCGACUUCCGUUUUAGGGCAGAGGAUCAGCAUGCCAAUAUGUGUGGGCGCUACUGCCAUGCAGUGCAUGGCUCAUGUGGAUGGGGAGCUGGCAACCGUGCGAGCCUGCAGGUCCCUGGGAACUGGCAUGAUGCUGAGCUCCUGGGCCACCUCCUCAAUUGAAGAAGUAGCAGAAGCUGGUCCCCAGGCACUUCGCUGGCUGCAGCUGUACAUCUACAAGGACCGUGAGGUCACCAAGCAGCUGGUGCGGCGGGCUGAGCGGAUGGGCUACAAGGGCAUAUUUGUGACAGUGGACACCCCUUACCUGGGCAAUCGCUUCGAUGACGUGCGUAACAGGUUCAAGCUGCCACCCCAACUCAGAAUGAAAAAUUUUGAAACCAAUGAUUUAGCAUUUUCUCCUAAGGAAAAUUUUGGAGACAACAGUGGACUUGCUGCGUAUGUGGCUAAAGCAAUAGACCCGUCUAUCAGCUGGGAAGACAUCAAAUGGCUGAGAAGACUGACAUCACUGCCGAUUGUUGCAAAAGGCAUUUUGAGAGGUGAUGAUGCCAAGGAGGCAGUUAAACACGGUCUGGAUGGGAUCUUGGUGUCAAAUCAUGGGGCUCGACAGCUCGAUGGAGUGCCAGCCACUAUUGAUGCUCUGCCAGAAAUUGUGGAGGCCGUGGAAGGGAAGGUGGAAGUCUUCCUGGAUGGGGGUGUGCGGAAAGGGACUGAUGUUCUGAAAGCUCUGGCCCUGGGAGCCAAGGCUGUGUUUGUGGGGAGACCAAUCAUCUGGGGCUUGGCGUGCCAGGGAGAGAAAGGUGUCCAAGACGUCCUUGAGAUACUGAAGGAAGAAUUCCGGUUGGCCAUGGCUCUGAGUGGGUGCCAGAAUGUGAAAGUCAUCGACAAGACAUUGGUGAGGAAAAAUCCUUUGGCCGUUUCCAAGAUCUGACAGUGCACAAUAUUUUCCCAUCUGUAUUAUUAUUAUUAUUAUUUUUUUGGCAUGUAUUACUUGACAAAGAGACACUGUGCAGAGAGUGACCACAAUCUGUAAUUCUCCACUUCGAUACAAAGGGUGUCCUUCUUCUCCAACAAAACAGCAGUCCCUUGCUAUUUUAAGUUCAUUGCUUUUGACUUUUCAAUGGGUGUCCUAGGAACCUUUUAGAAAGAAAUGGACUUGCAUCCUGGAAAUAUAUUAACUGUUAAAAAGGAAAACAUUGAAAAUGUGUUUAGAUAGCGUCAUCCCCUGGCAGGCUAACGUGCUGCAAAACAAAAGGUAUCCCAGGGUAAGACUGGAGGUAGCUCAUGUGGAGUACAAAGAUAAUGAUCUCACUGUUUAUUAACCCGCAUUGUGUUGGGAUUUCCUUAAAACCGUGUUCUUAAAUUGUCAGUGCAGGUUCAAAAGGCUGAGAGUGCCUUGGAGAAACAGCAGGUUUGGAUUCCUAACACUGAGGAGAUGGUGCUUGAUAAAACUGGGAUACAUUGGUGAUAAUUUGUGAUUUUCUAAGUACUUUUUUGACACCCUGAGCUAUGCUCCUUCUUUGAAUGCAGAUUUCCAUUCACAUCUUUAGUAUCUUUAGUAUAUCUGAGUAUUUUAUGAUAGAGAUGGCUUCUUAGUCAGAGAGAAAUAAAGCGAUUUUUGAAAAGA